GGUCAGUGUGACAGCAGGGAUAUACCUUCUCUAACAACUGCUUUAAUACCGAAGAUUUUUUUUUUUUCUUUUACACCUGUCCGCUAGCUUUGGAGCACGUUAUGCGUAAAAACGCGCAUCGCCGAUACGCAGCGGCACCGCUUUAGGUGUGAAGUUCUAAGGUUCGGUUGCCAAUUGAUUUUGUGGAAAAAGCGUUUUUGUUUUCCCAUCAGGAUUAUACAAACCAUGAGGAUCUUGUGGGUGGUAUUAUACUUUUGUGAAUUAUCAAGUGCAGUAAUGGACUUGACGAUGACUUCAACAGCAAAGGUCACCAGUGUCAGUCACUUCAGCAUCUCCUGUAUCAAGGGUGAGCACAGCCCUGCUGAGGUCAAGCUGAAUAUCAAGAGAGAUAACAGGAUCCUCAUAUUACCAAAACCAACUACUUUUAAAGUGCAAAAGGACUCUCAUAGGGUUGUUGUGGCAAAUGAUUUCAUCAACAUUGACAAUAUUGGAAUCUUUUACUGUGAGGCCGCUCAGGAGGUCCCACCACUGAAGCUCACGAUGAUAAACAACUUUAUCGGAGCAAAUUUUUUUCCAACCUACCUUACAAUGACUGUGAACAGGGGGGAGACAGCUCAUCUCAGCAUGGAGCUGCUGAGCCCUGAAAGGAGGGACGUGACCUGGAAAUAUAAUGGAAACUACUACUACAUGACUCACUGGGACGAAGUGACUGACCGCACUGUUACGCUGACAGUGGAAAAUGCAACUUUGGCCAAUCAAGGCAUCUACAGUGCCAGCUAUUUUGGGGACACCCCCCUCCAUGGAGCCUGGAUGAGACUUAUUGUUAGAGACUGUCCCAGUAAGAAGUGGGGUCCAUACUGUGACAGAGACUGCCCAGACUGCCUCAACGGUGGAGUUUGUCAUGAUUUGGACGGGGACUGUGUCUGUCCUCCAGGAUUUAUGGGGACACGCUGUGAGACAGCCUGCAGGGAAGGAAUGUUUGGCAGAAACUGCCAGGAGUCCUGCAGAACCGACCAGAGCAGCAAUUGCAAAGAGGUUCGCUUCUGCCUCCCGGACCCUUACGGCUGUUCCUGUGCCAGCGGCUGGUUCGGGAGGCACUGUGAAAAAGCUUGCGUUAAUGAUUCAUAUGGGCCAGACUGCCGGUUGAGCUGCAAAUGCCAGAAUGAAGGAGUGUGCAACCGUUUCAGUGGAUGUCAGUGUCCCUCAGGAUGGAGAGGACAAAACUGUGAAAAGUCUGAGCCGGCUCCCCACAUUUUGGACUUGGAUUGUAACCUGGAGUGUAAUCUGAAUUCCAGUCCUAAAGUCAGGUGCUCAGCUACAGGCAACCCCUUACCCAGCCAAAACAGCUUUGAGCUGCGAAAGCUGGACAACACUGUGCUCAAGGCCUUUCAGACAAUCCAGGAGUCGAAUAAAAGCACAGCCUUAUUCGAGAUCCCUCGACUGAGUGCUCAACAAGGGGGAUUGUGGGAGUGCAGGGUGUCCACCAAUGGAGGCCAGGACUCUCGCAAGUUCAACGUCACCAUUAAAGUUCCCCCAGUGCCAACUACAGCUCCAAAACUGCUUGAAAAGAGGAGUAAGCAAUUACUGGUGAUGCCAGUGGAGUCACAUAAAGGUGAUGGCCCCAUAAUCUCAACCAGACUCCUGUAUAAGCCUUUGGAGAACGGGGAUUAUUGGUCCUCAAUUAUAGUUUAUAGUGACAAAGAGCCCAUCACUUUGAUGAACCUAGAGCCUUCAACACAGUAUCGCGUACGCGUUCAGCUGAGUCGACCUGGGGAGGGAGGAGAGGGGGCACCUGGCCCAGAGACUGUCAUGGAGACAGACUGUCCUGACCCCACGGUUCAGCCCGAGAUUGAAAAUAGGACAGUGGAUGGUCGUAAUGCUAAAGUGUGGUGGCGACUGCCCACCAACAGUGACAUCACUCCUGGCAUGGCGACCGGCUUUUUAGUGCAGCUCUUUGAACCCCCACCAUACAAUGAGAAGGUUUUGGAGAAGACCACCCUGCUCAAUGUGCUCUCCACCGAGUUCCAGAACCUGAAGUAUCAUCAUGACUACAGUGUGGUGGUGCGCCUCAUUAACUGUGGCAGCCAGGGGCCGGCCUCCAAACCCUUUCUCUUCCGCAUCAACAGCCAGGGGCCGUCACCCCCCCGCAGCAUCCAGGCCCAGUCCCUUUCAACAUCAGCUAUCCAGGUGAGAUGGCAGCCUCCCGAGAAUCCAAAUGGCAUCAUUAAAUACGUUAUAGAGUACCAGCCAGUCGGCCAGGGGAGCCCUCAUCACUGGCUGGACAUCGAUGACUGGAACAAGACCACAAAAGAUGUGACAGCCCUCAACAGCAGCACCCUCUACCAGUUUAGAGUAAGAGCUUGCUCCAAAGUGCCGGGGGAGUGGAGUACAUUUGUUCAGGAGAAGACACAAAGGGACGAUUCGAAAGUUUUAGUACCAACCACCCAAGGUGUUGCUGGGAAGCCGUCAGGAGACAGUAAUCAGCUACUGGUGGCAGUGGUGGGCUCAGUAACUGUUACCUGUGUGACAAUACUGCUCGCCUUGCUGGCUCUUUUCUACAUCCGGAAGAUGCUGCUCAACCGUCGGCGCACAUUCACCUAUCAGUCUGGAUCGGGUGAAGAAACUAUUCUGCAGUUUAACUCAGGAACCCUGACUCUCACAAGACGGCCCAAGCCCACACCAGAACCACUCACCUAUCCAAUCCUUGAAUGGGAGGACAUUAAAUUUGAAGAUGUCAUUGGAGAGGGCAACUUUGGCCAGGUCAUUAAAGCCAUGAUCAAGAAGAAUGGCAACAAGAUGAGUGCAGCCAUCAAGAUGCUAAAGGAGUUUGCGUCAGAGAAUGACCACAGAGACUUUGCUGGAGAGCUGGAAGUGUUGUGCAAACUAGGCCAGCAUCCCAACAUUAUCAACCUAAUUGGAGCCUGUGAGAACAGAGGCUACCUGUACAUAGCAAUAGAAUAUGCUCCCUAUGGAAACCUCCUCGACUUUCUCAGGAAGAGUCGUGUGUUGGAGACCGAUCCUGCUUUUGCAAAAGAGCACGGUACCGCUUCCACCCUCACCUCCCAGCAGCUGCUGCAGUUUGCUGUUGAUGUGGCAACCGGGAUGCAUUACCUCAGUGACAAACAGUUCAUACACAGGGAUUUGGCAGCAAGGAAUGUUCUCGUAGGGGACAACCUAGUGGCGAAGAUCGCAGAUUUUGGUUUGUCCAGAGGAGAGGAAGUUUAUGUCAAGAAAACGAUGGGGAGACUGCCAGUACGGUGGAUGGCCAUUGAGUCCCUGAAUUACAGCGUGUAUACUAGCAAGAGUGACGUGUGGUCUUUUGGAGUUCUCCUUUGGGAAAUUGUAAGCUUGGGUGGUACACCAUACUGUGGAAUGACAUGUGCUGAGCUUUAUGAAAAACUGCCACAGGGCUACAGGAUGGAGAAACCCAAAAACUGUGAUGAUGAAGUCUAUGAACUAAUGAGGCAGUGCUGGAGGGAUCGGCCAUAUGAGAGACCCCCCUUCUCACAAAUCUUUGUCCAACUCAGCCGGAUGCAGGAAGCCAGGAAGGCCUACGUUAACAUGGCUCUCUUUGAGAACUUUACCUACGCUGGAAUAGAUGCCACCGCGGAGGAGGCCUGACUACCAGCCCCCCCAGACCCUCGCAUACUGCGCAGCUCCAAGAGAAAGUCAAGCGGCAGGCCGCCACGUUACUGCCAUCUUCCCGUCAGUCAGCGACAACAAAGGAGGACUGGGCGCUUCACUGCAACCACCCAGCUAUAGAUGGAGGACUGUGACAGGACACUUUAUUGGGGUAUCAAAAACAUGAGAGGUUGUGGAGUAUGGCUGGGCCUUCAGUGGAGAGAUGCAACUGCUACCACCCUUCUGGAAGAAAUCACUUAAAACAAAAUUCACAGUAAAAAUCUGACAUCGUUGUGCAUCUUGUUUUUGACAAAUGGCUUUUUCUCUGAUCACUGAGGGGGACUUGCAACCAUGGAGCUAUGUGAUUUGCUAAAACACCUAAGGGUCUGUGGGGUGUCUUUGCUGGAUUUUUUUUACUCAUGUGGAGGAGGAGAUCUUUUAAGGAGACAGUUUGGAUCACAAACAGAACUUCUCUACCUUUUUAGGAGUGAAUUUUGACAGAUACUUGUCAUUGUAGCACUUACAGUAGCAUGACAUGUGCCAUUUGUCAUAAUUAUUAUCUGUGUACUGCCUAUCACUGCCGUGUGAAAGUAAGUACCGUUGUUUGUAUUUUGAUACAUUUGUAAGGAUGUUUAAAAGGUAUUAAAGACAUGUAUUCAAUUUAAUUUUAGAGCAAUUUAUUUUCAGCCAACGUGGAAGGUUUGUUUAAAUCAGAUAUUAUAUCAACACCAUUAGGCACCCUCCACAUCUAUUGGCACCCCUGGUAAAUGUGUGUAAAAAACCUUAAAAUAAAAUUAUAUUUUAUUGCAGUGACGUAAUCUCACACUGAAAGAAUAUAAAACAAAUUCAAAUAUUAGGAAGUAAAUAGUUUUUUUAACAAAAUUGCUGCUAUGACACUUAUUGGCAUUCUCAACUGUUCAUGUAAAAUAAAUUUAAUCGCAACUACACACUAUGAGCAGGAUGGCUAAAAACAGUAAAACAAAAAAUAAAUAAAUUCUAAAGUUUACUAUUAGAGGACUGCAGCACAAAGUGUUAUCUUGCAGUCACCAAGUUUACAUAACAACCAUUAGAUUCUAUCUAGAUGAUAAUCAAAUAGUUUUGGAGGAAUAUUAAGAAAUGCCUGAAAAGGAAACUAAAAUUAAGAUUUUUCAAUAAUAAUUACCGAAGGCAAGAUCAUAUGCUCAAGUACAGGGGAGGAUCUGUGAUGCUGUGGACCUGUUCCUCUUCCAACUAUUUAAAAAACACCAGGAAAUUUCUGAUGGCCUCUGACAGAGAAUGGAAAUUGGAUUAUCACUGUGUCCUUCAAUAUGAUCAAAAAUGUAUGGCCUUAUCAACACAGCAAAAGUUAAUCAGACAGAAAAUAAAUCUUCAUCCAUGCUAUCUCAAUCCCCAGAUCUAAAUACUGCAGAAAACCUGUGGGGUGAGUUGAGGAGAACAGAGCAGAAGAGAGGAUCAAGGAUGCUAGUUGAGUGUUUUUGGAGAAGAGUCAGUGAUGUCCUUUUGUGUUAACAGCAGGGGUGCCAGGAACUUGGCCACUAAUUUUCUUAAGUGUGAGAUUAGGCUAAUGCAAUACAAAAUCAAUUUAUUGCUAGGCUUCUUACGUUUGUAUGUGUGGAGGGUGCUGUGUGAGUUUUUGGUGGUCAGUUUGUAUGUUGAACUGUUAGAAGACAUGUAAUAAAAUGUUAGACUCAU